AUGAGGAAACUGAAUCUCAUUUGGGUCACUUCGAGAAUGCACAUUGAGAUCUACAGAUAUCCAGCUUGGGGUGAUGUGGUUGAGAUAGAGACAUGGUGUCAGAGUGAAGGAAGGAUCGGGACAAGGCGUGAUUGGAUUCUUAAGGACAUUGCUAACGCUGAAGUCACUGGCCGUGCUACUAGAUUAGCAUUUCCUGAGGAGGAAAAUAACAGAAGCUUGAAGAAAAUCCCCACACUCGAAGAUCUAGCCAAGUACUCAAUCAUUGGACUAAAGCCAAGACGAGCUGAUCUCGACAUGAACCAUCAUGUCAAUAAUUUCACCUAUAUUGGAUGGAUUCUUGAGGUUAGUGUCAUCAUCAGACGAGAAUGUCAGCAAGACGAUGUGGUGGAUUCACUCACCACCUCAAAGAAUGGCUCUGCAACAUCAGGCACACAAAGCCACAACGAUAGCCAGUUCUUAUCUGGAGAUGGUCAGGAGAUCAACUGUGGGACAACCCUGUGGAGAAAGAAGCCCUCCAGAUAG